CGGGGCUGUCAGGAGAUGGUGCCCGGGCGGCGCGUCUAGCGCGGUGCUUGGGGCUGCGGGGUUGCGGGGUCUCGGGGUCCCGUUUGCCGAUCCCCGCUGCCAGGGCUCGGGUUUCGGGGCUGGACCUGCGGCGGGGGCCGCGCCGCCACGCUUGUACUUCCCCGGGCUGCUUUCGGAGGCUCGGGGCCUCUGCCUCGCCACCCCAGCCCCUAGCGCCUCUGUGGACCCCCCAGCCCGCCCCAGGGGUCCCGGUGCCCACUCGUGAUAUCCCAGGCCCCCCUCUUGGCGGCCUCGGCAGGCCCGCCGACGGCCCCAGCCGCUGCCCCGGCCCUCUCGGGUCCGCCGGAGCGGCCGGUUACCAUGGUGAAGCUGGCAGCCAAAUGCAUCCUGGCAGGAGACCCCUCCGUGGGCAAGACGGCCCUGGCCCAGAUGUUCCGCACGGACGGGGCGCUCUUCCAGAAGAACUACACGCUGACCACGGGGGUGGAUUUGGUGGUGAAGACGGUGACGGUCCCAGACACGGCGGACAGUGUGGAAUUCUUCAUUUUCGACUCGGCCGGCAAGGAGCUGUUUUCUGAGAUGCUGGAUAAGUUGUGGGAGGCCCCCAACUUGCUGUGUCUGGUCUACGACGUGACCAACGAGCCGUCCUUCCAGAGCUGCGUCAAGUGGCUGGAGAAGGCUCGGGCGCACAGCCCCGGCGUCCCCCUCCCAGGUGUGCUGGUCGGAAAUAAGACAGACCUGGCCGGCCGGAGAACCGUGGACACGGUGCAGGCCCGGACCUGGGCGCUGGGCCAAGGCCUGGAGUAUUUUGAAACAUCCGUGAAGGAGAUGGAGAACUUCGAAGCCCCCUUCCGCUGUCUGGCCAAACAGUUCCUGCACCUGUACUGGGAGAAGGUGGAGGGCUUCUGGGCGCUGGUGUGAGGGGCUCGCCCCUCCCCCCAUGGACAGACCCGCCCGAGCACUGGAGCCUGAUGAGACUGAAUUAAAAGGAGGUGGAUUGGGCCCCGCUGCCCAGCUCUCGGCUGGGGGACUCACUUGCCCUGUU